GUAACUUGUCAAGGAUCUGCUCACUCAAUUUCCCCAAAGCUCUCUCCAAGUCGGACUCAACUGUACAUCAUGACAGAUGUUCCAGCAACAUUUAGUCAGGCUGAGUGUAAUGGGGAUAAACUGCCUGAAAACGAUCAACAACCAAUCACUAGAAUCAAUAAGGAAACGACUGAUGUGGGUGGCAUUCCACCAUACUGCAGGGUAGAACCCAGUCUUGAAGAUUUACCCACAGAAGAAAAUCAGGAGGAAAGUGGAAAAUUACAAGGGAACGUGCAGCUCAACUGGUCAAUGGAUGAGAAGAUUCUAAAAGAAAACCCAGAAGAGAACCUCUUUAUUGUUCAUAAGGCUGUCACAGAUCUUUCUCUCCAAGAAGCAAGUGCUGAUGAAAUGACUUUCAGAGAAGGGCAUCAGUGGGAGAAGAUUCCUCUGAGCAGCAGUAACCAGGAAAUAAGUAGACAGAAGGAAAGGAUUGCUGAACAACCUCUAGAAGAGAGAGAAGGUGGGGACGGGAAGAACACAGCCUACCAGGCAACUGAAAUUGAAUGGUUGGGAUUCCAGAAACCUAGCCAGGUUGACAUGUUACAUUCUAAACAUGAUGAGGAACAAGAGGUUUGGGAUGCAGAAACUAAUAAUGAUGAUGAUGAUGAUGGUGAUUUCAAUGGUGAUGAGGAUGAAGUUCGAGUGAUAGAAUUUAAGAAAAAACAUGAAGAGGGUUCUCACUUUAAAGAAGAAGGUGAUGCAAGUGAGGUCUCCCCACUGAGCAGCCCCUGUUCUCAACCGGUGACGCCUGAGGAGCAGCCGGCCUUAGGAAGGAAGAGCGACAUCUCCAGAAAUGCUUACUCGAGAUACAAUACAAUAUCCUACCGGAAAAUCAGGAAGGGGAACACCAAGCAAAGAAUCGAUGAAUUUGAGUCUAUGAUGCAUUUAUAAAGUAACUGGAACUGAGAAAUUCUCAUUCCCACUAAAGCAAAACUAAUUCUGUUGCCCUGAGAUGCAUCUUUCUAUGCCUUAUUUGAGGCAUCCCCUUGAAAGAUGUGGAAGCUUACUCUCUUUUUCACUGUAGAAUAAUAUGGAAAUAACCCUAGACAAAAUCCAGUCUGGUAAUCUCAGAUCAAAAACUGUUAGAUACAUUCUUGGGCAUUUGCUUUUGUAAACUUCACUAAUAUAGCAUCGUAUGAUAAGCACUAAACAGCCAGCCCUUCUGGGGAAUCUGGCAUGAUUUGGCUUUAAAAGUAGCAAUGCUGAGGAAGGUAAUCAUUGAAUGAAACAGGAGACUAUUUAAAAUGAUUCCUAUAUGUCUUUUGGUGUCUUUCUACCUGUAUACUGGGGUGAUGGAAAGUCUGGUAUUAAACCUCUCAUACUUUUAAACAUGGUUGUAUAGACACUGGCAAUAAACUUUCCAAAAUUCUUUGCCUUUUGUAUUAUCAUCAAAGACCAUUUUAAGUGGUUUUCCUUGGUAUCUACAGAGUAAAAAUUGUAUAGGCCUCCUUCUUAGGUGUUAUCAUUCACUGAAUUUUCUCAGUAGAGGGGCUGAGCAGUUGUUAGUCAGGAGAAUUCUGUUUGCUAAAUGUUGGUUUUAUGCUUUCAAACUGAAUCAACCACUGUGAGGUUGAUACAGGGAGAGAAGAUUGGUGGGCAAUAGACUAAAGAGUUGUAUUGGAUAGUUUUAUUUCUGUGACUGAAAAUAAAAUCUUGUCUAGCACAGUUAGAGUCAUUAAAAAUAAAAAUGACAGCUUUAGCAUAAUUUUCAGAAAAUGCCCCUUCUCUACCAUCACACUUUCUCUUAUUAACAGUAUCUCAGAAUAAUUUUCUUUCCUUGGAAACCUGAAACAACGCUAGUCAUAACUGUACCAGUUACUAUGAAAAUGGAAAUAAUUAUCCUAGAAUAUUUUUGAAGUAGAGCGUGAGCAUAUAUUUUUAGUGAGAAAGUUCUGAUAGUUGUUGAGAAUGUAUAAUUUACUGGACCUCGGCCCAAAUCAAGAUGCUAAAAUUUGUGCUCAAACCAAUGUAUCAAAUAAUGUAUUGAAUAUUUAUGAAAAAAGAUAGUCUAUAUUUAUAUUCUUAGAUAGUUUGUUUCACAAUUUUUCAUUUCAUGCUUCCAUAUAUAUUACCCUGAACUUUCUCUCACCACAGAUAAAGAUAUUUUUUGGCCCUGCAAAUAAAAAGACAAUUCCUUAUUGUCUGAAUGUAAUACAGUCUUCAUUGUCCUAUUCAACCCUUUGUUUAUUUCUUUUCCAUUUUUGUGAAAAACCCUGGGUUAGUCCUUCUUAGAUUAUUGCUUAUUUAUGUGUAACAAAUCCUCACAUUCUAAUGGCAACUUCUUUAUUUCUUCCUGGUCAUAGAAUAUAUUUCCAUUGUGUCAUGUACUACUAUUUAGUGUUUACAAGACCCAAAUUUUGAAUUCAGGGUUGAGGUGUUCCUUUUAUUCUUUUGAACAGAUACUUUAAAACUUGACCAUGUAAAAGUUUCUGUUACCCUUAAUCUAUAGAACCCGUAGAUUUCAUUUGUGACAAUGCAAGUUUGUAGAAUAAAGUGAGGAAAAUCAGGUCUUUACUGAUAAAGGUAGGUAGAACACUGAUGCACUAGGACAGUUUCCUGUUUAGUUUAUUCCUUUAAAUCUUUCCACCUGGACAACCUUUUUUUUUUUCUGGAUUACUGAUGACCCUACAAUUUUCUACUUAACUUGAGAGCACAGUAUUGUGUUAUACAUCAUGAAACAGGACCAGAUUGUUAACUUACCUUCAGAAGAACCUGUAUUUUGAGUUAUUCCAACGGAGUUGAUGAAUUCCUGUGGAACUUGAGUGAAGUGGGUUGUCUAUGGCUAUGUGACUUGACAGAGCAACUGGCUGUUAUGGGGGUCCAGUAUAUAGUAACCCUGGUCCUUUUAGCUUUGUAAUCUCACCAGACAAUUAACCAACUGUGAAACAUUUUGUCAACAAAGACUAUUUUAGGGUAUGUUCAAUAGGUAAAUGCUCAUAUUCACAGAUGAAGCAAUAUAGUUGCAAAAGAACACGAAAACUAUUUUUUAACAUUGGUGUCCAUUGCCCUGUCCUUCCAUCUUACACCAAGGCCAUAGAGGUAAGGGACAUGAUGGUGAUAGGUGGCCUUUGAGCCUAGGAAAGACAAGGACCUGGCUCAGAUGGCAUGGGGGAUAUUUAACAUAUUUGGAAUUCAUAUGGGAUAUGUUGAGAACACAAAUUGGUAACUAUACAUGAAGAUUUACCUGAGCUUUUGUGAUUCAAGAUUCAGAGGUGGUAAGGACUCUGGUACCUGACAGGAUGGAGAAUUGAUUUGUUGUGUGAAUGCUGAUAUUUCUUACAUGACUUUUUAUUUUUCUUUGUUGCUUAAUGAACAGGAAUGAAUAAUAGAUCUAUUUCUCUGUCAAUAUAAAAUUUACCUUUUAUAUAAUGCAAGAUUUGAAGACACGGAAUUUGCCAGAAUCUGUCUAUCUGUUAAUAAACUAUUUAAAUAAAGAACUGCUGUGUCUGACUUUUGCUCUCAAUAAAAGUUUGUGUGUUUGUU